GGACCGAGGCAGCAUGAGUUUAUGUUUUACACACGCUGCUAUGUGAGCGAGGAAUUAAGUGCGAGCAAGAUUAGGUAGGAUAAGAAUCUGGCAUCCAGACAUGCACAUGUGAGUGAUACGUACGUUCGUACGCGUUGACGCAAGCUCGCCGAGACCCGACAGUUCCUCCUCAACAAAGAGACCAGAUAGAGGAACCUACGGGCUCACACUGGAGGUCACUCGGCCUACGACUGGCUUUCAAACAAAGGGCAACACAACGACGGAAAAGUCGUCUUAUCGUGGUUGCCCGCUUUCUUCUGUCAUGGCUCCAAGAUAUUUUUUUUUAAACACAUGCUUUCAGUCUCGAAUUGCUGAGGGGAAGAAGAUUGCUUUUCGAGCGUAUCAUCCAUGGGCUUGUGUUGCCACGUCCAAGACAAGUUAUGAGCAUUAGUCAACCAUGGAAGCCUCAUCGUGAAGGCUAGCGCGGUUUGGGAACCAUCCCAGGUUGCCCCUUGAGGACCCCAGGUCAUCAUGUCCUCCAGCCCCCUGAUGAGCUUGCCGGUCGAGAUCCAGUGCCGAAUACUCGGCCAAGUGCCUUGGGUCGAUCUCUUGAGCUCGGUCAGUUUGGUGUGUCGGUCACUCCGGGACUUGGUCGCUCAUCCCCAAUUCAUUCCUUGGAAGCGACGGUAUCAUCGAUAUCUCCGUCUGCCUGCCGAAUCUGAGAUCUCGCUGACCGACAGUGCAGAAUUUCUGGCCUCCAUCCAGCCCUACCGAUGUCUUCAAAGCGGGUCUUUCAAUCAACAGGAAUUGUUCUCGGGCGGCAUUGAAUGGUUACUUCAGGCCAUUACCCGUGAUGGGCGUCGGAAACGAAUUCCAUUGCUCAUCCCUACCGAUACUCAAAAUCCCCGGUUGGAAACAGCUCGUCAGGUUCUGACCUCGACUCUACCGGGUUGCCAGGCAGAGCCUUGGUCGAUUCUAACUUUGGCCUUGAUGCUGGAAAUGAACGUUGGUCAUGUGUUAUCUUGGGUCCGAAAUUUAUGCGGUCCCAAUGGUCUCUUGGAUCUACCCGAUACCUUGGAGUGGUUGUAUCACGUGGCCUGGUGUCUCAAAUUGGCCGAGAGACAUGAUAUGCUCUCUUACCGUCCACAUUACACAGUCUUUCAUGUCAUCUUUUGCCUUGAGAAUGACUUGGGGCCCUCGAACGUCCUCCAUGGGGAGAAAACCCUCAUGGACCGCCUAACCGUUGAGCAAAAGCGAAUUGUUCACUAUCCGAUUAACCCUGCAAGUCGUGGAGCAAUCAAAGUAGUGGCUUUUGCGGGCACGGGAAAGACCUCAGCUCUCCAAUGCUUGGUUCGAGCCAAUCCUGGAUUUCACUUCCUAUGUAUUGUUUUCAACAAGGUAAUUCAAGACCAAACCAAUCUGGUGUUUCCCCAUAACGCCCAAGCGUAUACCAUUAACAGCUUGAGUUAUCGCUUUCUGAUCGAAAAAGGUUAUUCAAGAACGAGGUUGAAACCCUUCAGUCUGACGGCCUACGACGUGGUGAUGAGCGGUUUAGUGCUUAGUCAAGGUGAAGGAUCGGGGAAUGUUUAUACCCGCUCCUCUCAAAUACUUUGCACGUUGAGGAACUUUGCGUGUUCCGUGGAUGAACACAUCGACAUCAGCCAUGUUCCAUGUCAAUGGCAACCGGAUCUUGAUUCGCCGCCGGAAGCUCUGUCGUUAACGUGGCGUGAACGUCUUUUAGCAGAUUCACAAAAUUUGUGGAAACGCGGCAUAACGAACCAAAACCAUUCUGUGAAUAUCGAAGGCUCGUUUCAAGUGAAACUCUUUCAACUCUCGAAACCAAAUCUCAAACAGCUUUUCAGAUGCGAUGUGAUACUCAUCGACGAAGGACAAGAUUUAAACCCGGCCAUGUUAGACAUUACACUGGGCCAGGAUUGUACAAAGUUCAUCGUGGGAGAUCCCAACCAACAGAUUUAUGGAUUUAAUGGAUCCGUCAACGGACUGGCCCUGGUUGAAUCGUUUUGUCCAUUGUUGAAAAGCUUCCGUCUGACACAGUCAUUCAGAUUUGGGCCCGAAAUUGCCUACUCGGCUUCUAUUGCGCUCCGUAGAUUCCGUCAAGACGACACCCUCACGGUGUUCGGUCGACCAGAUAUCAAAGAUAAUUUCCAUGGGGCCUCCAUGUUCACGUCCGCCCGGGGACAAAACAAAACUGUGAUACUCUGUCGAACCAAUAUCAGCCUGAUUCAGGCUCUCGUGAAGGAGGUUGUUCUUGUUCCAGAAAACAUCAGACCUUGCAUUAGCCUGGCCCAAGGCAUGGCAUCCUACUUGGAUCAAUUGGUGGACCUAGCCUAUUUGCACGACAACCAAAAAGACCGAUUGUCGAGCUCGUGUCGACAUUAUUUCUUGUCUUUGGGAACCUUUGACGCCUAUGUAUUAAGAGCGAAAGCCACCUUGGACAAAGAGGCCGAUGUCAAGGUUCAGAUCGUUAAGAAAUUCUCAUCCAAUUUACCAUAUUUUGUUCAAGUCAUUAAAAAGUGCUGGCGAUUCCGCGAUUUCAAAGAUCCCGCGGUAGAAUUGGCGUUUUCAACGGUUCACAAAUUCAAAGGUCUCGAAUUUCCGGUGGUGAGACUUCAAGAUGACUUUGUUCAGGUUGAUUCAAACGCAUUGUCUAAUUGUAAUUCCACGUCAGGCGAUGAGUUCAACCUUCUCUACGUAGCCUUGACCCGAGCUCAACGCGAAAUUGUGAUGAACAGAAGCCUCUUGAACUUAAUGGUCCUCUCGGGCGAGAACUUUUCGUAUUUCAGCCCAAAUUUCCAAGUUCGUACUUGUGUUGUGUGUCACGAAUGGAUUAAACCACGUCAAAAUGUCUUGCAAGUCAGUCGACAAAUUGUGGCACUGUCAAGUAGUCUCUACAUACCUGGCGGACCCAUAUGUGGGCAUUGCAUUGAGACUCCAUUUCAACCUAUCUCGCAUGUCGAUACUUUAAACAGAAUAUGCGCACUGCAACCUAAACCACCUCUGUUGGAUUCCCUGAAACUUUUCCUCUGUCCUCUCUGGAGCGACACUUUUCAUCAAAAAGGGGCCGAAGCACCGCACACAGACUUGAAGGCCCUUAUCGCGCAAAUCAGUUCAUCUUACACAUUUCGUCCGAUUCCUCCGACAGCUCAAGAACCUUUUGGCGACGAUUCGGAUAACGAGUUUUGGGCCGGAAUCCAAAUAUAGUUGGGGAAAGUGAAAAUGUCGUGACAUGGAGUAUGAUUAUGUAUGACUGAAUUACUAAAUAUAAUGAUAUACUCAUUCACAU